UUUAUACAAUAUAUACAUAACUUAUAAUUAAUAUCAAUGGAUGAAAAGUAUUUAGCAAUAAAAGAUAAAAAAAACAGUGAAAAAACAGCAAAAUAUAAUUAUAUUUUAUGCAAAACCCAUAGAUUAUACAAAAGAAAACAAAGCAUGAUAGUACAUAUAAAUAUGUAAAAGUUAUUACCCUGUAAUAUACUAUUAAAUUAAAAAACUCAAGAUAAUUUGUUUAACCUGUUAAAUAAAUUAUAAUAGACUGAGACCCUAAAAUUAUAAUGUGAGAGAGGGGUCUCAAGCCAUUUUCUCUUUCUCAACACCUCCUAAGGUAAGUCCCUGGUCAUGGUCGUGACACUACUUUCCACAGCAUGCUACUAUUGGAGAGUGCAUCUUCUCUUAUGAGAGUUGGUCUUAUAUAUGACGUCGUUAAUGCCCAAGGGAGUUAAGGAGUGGGCUUUUAUGGGCUUCCCGAACAAUGACCAUUAGAAAAAAUAAGGAAACAAAUCUCUACCAAAGAACAAUUAAACAUACCUUCAAACGUAUACAGCGAGCGAGUAGGUAGAUUCAUUGAUCUCCUUUUAGCCUCUACUGGUACCAGAUUCUCCCUUCAUCGUUUUCACCGAAUCAUGUUUGUUUCUUUCACCGAUUAUUGGGUCUUUAAUUGGCUUGGUUCCUGGGUGGAUCUAUAGUGUUAUUCAGUCCUGGUGUUAUUGCCUUUUGAUCUGAUCCAUGCACAUCUCUUUUAUUUUUGGUCUGAUCCAUGCACAUCUCUUCUGGGUUUUGCUUCUCUCCGACUGAUAAAGUUAUAUACGUUGCGUAGAGUUUCUCACUUUCAGUUUAGUGCACACUUAUUCACUUGUUAUACAUCAACACAGAACUGCGUGUUUGGAUUUGUUUUGGUCUUGAUUUACGUGGCUUCCGUCUCUGGCUGGUCAUGUGGGUUUUAAACUUUCUUGCCGUACGAACCUGAAUUGUGUAUUUUUAGUUUUGUUUAUGUGUACUGCAGUAUCCUAACCGCGGGAUGGCAGAUCGAUUUAUGCAAAAUGCUAUAGUGAGUGAAGGCCAGUGCAAGCAGAAGAAUUGCCAUCAGGAAUGCAAAAAGAGCUGUCAUGUUUCCCAGACUGAGAGGAGAGUUUGCGUCCUGGUGACUCCUGCUUCCAAGACUACUUUCUUGCCAGAGGAGCUGUGUAUAGGAUUUGGUAUCUGCGUGAAGAGAUACCCUUUCGAAGCUGUUCAGAUAAUCAAACCAAAUCUAGGCAGGUUGGAUAAUCCUCAGAACUGGCAAAAAUAUUUGACUCACAUCCGCGGGUCAGAACUUGAAAGCUAUCUCACCCGAGUGGUAGAAGAAAAUCUAAAGCCCCAACAUGUCGACCAAAUAAAAAAAAUUGUGAAUAUGCUGGACGAGAGAGAAAUGCUGGUGCAGAUUUGUGCUGGUCUGGGGUUGGACCGUAGAGCAAAAGAAGUAUUUGGUGGAGAGCUGCAGUGGUUUGCGAUUGCCAUAGGUUUCAUAGAGAAGGCUGAAACUUAUAUGUUGGACGAUAGCCGUUUGUUGAAAUGUGGAGAAGUGACAACAAUGUCUGAUCUUCCAGAUGAUUUGGCAGAAGAGAUAUUGUCUAGGGCUCCGUUGACAUCCCUAAGUGCAGUGCGUUCCACUUGCAGAAAGUGGAAUGAUUUAUCCAAAAACCAGGUUUUUGGUAAGUCAGCAUCAACAGGAAGGAAGCAGUUUCUUGGGUUCAUGCUGAAAGAUUAUAAGGUUUGUUCGAUGAAGUUUGAUCUCCAAGGAAUUGGAAACGAAGGAGACUUCGUUGAUCCAUCUAUAAAGGAAGUCAGUAUACUUGACCAAGUAGAAAUCACUCAGGUCUUUCACUGUGGAGGUUUAUUGCUAUGUGUCACCAAGGACAGGUCGAGACUUUUGGUGUGGAAUCCUUAUUUGGGGCAAACAAGGUGGAUCCAACCAAGAAACACUUUCCGAAGUGAAGACAGAUAUGCUGUUGGAUAUGACAAGAACCGUAACUACAAAAUCUUGAGGGUUUUUGGCAAGUAUGACACCAAAGGUGAAUUUGGAAGCGUCGACAAAUACCUGAUUUUUGGGUACGAAAUAUACGAGUUGAGCUCUAGUUCGUGGAAGGUUUUUAACGUCAGUCCCGACUGGAAUAUAGAUAGUUAUCAACGCGGUGUGUCUUUGAAGGGUCAUACUUAUUUUUUGGCUGAAGAGAGGUGGACGAUAGGUAGAAGAAAUAAAACUGAGGAGAUAAUCUCUUUUGAUUUUACAACAGAAAGAUUUGGAAAGCAGCUGCCUCUUCCGUUUAAAACUCAUGAUGUAGGCAACUUUGUGUCUCUAUCUUGUGUCAGAGAAGAGCAGCUUGCGGUAUUACAUCAAAGCAGCGUGAUUGAUCACACAUUGGAGAUUUGGGUCUCAAGUAAUAUUGAUCUGGGUGCAGUUUCGUGGAGCAAGUUCUUGAGAACCACCUCUUUCUGUCGGGUUGAUUUUCAAGCUGGUAGUUUCUUCAUUGACGUGGAGAAGAAAGUUGCUGUGGUUAUCGAUCUAGAUGAUGGUGGACAAGCACGGACUGAGACUCGUUACAACCAAAGAGCUAACAUAAUUGGAGAAGAUGAAUACUUCAAAUCUGUGAAUGUGGGAGAGGCUCUGAAUCAUGGAAAACGCAACAAAUUUGGAUUUGUGCUCCCGGUAUUCAGUUGCCCACUUGUGUGCCCUUAUGUUCCAAGCUCAGCGCAACUGCAAAUGCAACAUGGUAAAUGUAUAGAAGGCGAUGAUUAAUCAGUUCCAUUUUCAACAAUUGUUAGGUUGUCGUUUAUUAUUUAUCACCUGACUAUGUUUUAGCCAAAAUUGUAUGUAUGUUGAGUGGUAUUUGAUUUCUAGGUUUUCUCAA